AUGGAUGGCCUUUGGCAAAUGGGCCGAGCUGAGGUCGCCGACAAUGGUCUGAUCGCCAGGAUGCCCAGCGGGCAGUUUCGCACAUGGUCUGUUUUGCUGAGUGAGCCUGCCUUCUCCGGGGAGAUCAUUUACCAGCCAUGCACUGGUGCCGAGUUUGGGGCCACGUCCGUCAGAGAUGGAAUCGUGCAAAUGCUGCAGGCGAAGGCGGCACAAGGUGCCGAGGCGUUCUUGCGAUGUCUUCAGAUGUUGCAAACAGCCAUGUUCAAGAAAGCUCCUUUGCAAUCCUUGGGUGGAGAGAUUAUCCGUGAAGAUGUGCUGGACGAAUCUGUUUCGGUGGUUCGUGCUGGCUGCGACUACCCUCUCCCACCACCCUUGCCUUCGGGGGAUCCUGAGGAGAAAGACCUGGAUAAAGAGAUUGCUAACGCUCUUGCAGAGCCCAAUGUAGAAACUUCUGAUGCCUUGGCGAUGCUUUUCUUGCGAGUGGAGCCGGAUUACUUGACGGUCGUCAAGGCUUGGGUUCAGCAUUGGGGAUGCAAUAAUAAAGUAUGGGGAAAGAGCUUUCCUUGUCCAUUGUUUUAA